AUGGCCAGCUCAACAACCUCCCUCCUUAACCUCGACCCACAACACAUCUCUUGCAUUGGUGGACGCACAGUACUGACAUGCAAAAGCUGCGCAGGAAAUGCACCACGAACUAAUAAAACCGAAGAGGCUCGAUCUGCACGAGCUGCAACGGCCGGGGCUUCAACAUCUUCAUCUGCGCCCAAUGCAACCCAGCAGCCGCGGCCGCAGCAGCCAGAGCAACAGUAA